AUGUACUCGUGUCCUUGUCCACUUGAGUUGCUUUCCAGAACAGUCUACUGUCCCUUCAAGCUGGACGUUUGGCAGUUAGGCUGUAGCCUUGUGGAAUUUGAAAGCACAAUCCCUGCCAUUGAUGAGGUUCUCGCGAGGAUGACUGAUGUUGACCCAGUACGUCGACUCAGUGCAAGGGAGGCGCUGGAUAGAUUCUCAACGAUUGUUCACUCAAUGGGACCUGAGGACCUGCUCAUUGACGUCAGCUGCCUGAGCUAA